AUGGAUCUAUUGAUAUACGGAUCCUCCGCGGCCGCCGCAAAUUCAAUGCCCUUCUCGUCGGCCGCCGCGGCGAGGCCCAGCUCCGACGACGAGCUGCUCCGCGUCAUCAGGUCCGAGAUCAAGUUCGCCGAGGACUGCGAUGACCAGGACCGGGUUGAGGAGAUCCCAGAGAACUUCCCUUUCAAAAUCACCGACAAGAAGGGGCUCAAUGAGAUCAAUCUCACAAGAACUUACCAGGGCGAGAAGAUCGAGGUAUUGGUCUCCAUGCCCAGCCUAGUCACCGGAGAUGAGGUGGAGCAUGACCAGGAUGAGGAUGACAAAGAGAAAGACGAUGAUCAGGAAGAUGGCGAGAAGGCUCCGAAGUCCACCAUCCCCCUCACAGUCACCGUCUCCAAGAGCGAUGGCCCGAGCCUCGAAUUCACCUGCACCGCCUACCCUGACGAGAUCAUGAUUGACACACUGCCCGUGAAGCAGCCUGCAGCGAACGAUGAGGAGGAGCUGAUCGCAUAUGAGGGCCCCGAUUUCAAGUAAGAACACAAAAACAUG